GUAGCAAUGCCGCCGUUUUCCUCUUGCGUUCUCAUUGCCUGCUUUCUCACUUAUUUCUCGUACUACCAUAGUCAGGCAAGACAAUCAUGGCCUCCUUCAUGAGAAAUGCUGCUCGUCUGCAGCCAGCACUCCGCUCCUCGAUUCGUCCCGCAACGAUCGUUCGCCGAACCAUGGCCACUCAGUCACCCUCGCACAACGCCAGCGCUGCCGCAGCAGUCAGAUCUGCCGUAUCCGACGCUGCUGAGCCGUCGCUCUUCCCAGACGAGCCUACCGGGCCAAUUGUACGAACACAGAUUCCUGGUCCAAAGUCACAAGAGGCGAUAGCAGAGCUUGAUCAAGUAUUCGAUACGCGAUCGCUCAACAUGAUGGCGAACUACCAGAACAGCUUUGGAAACUACCUGGCUGACUUGGAUGGCAACGUGCUUCUCGAUGUCUACGCCCAGAUCGCGUCCAUUCCUGUUGGCUACAGCAACCCAAACCUGCUGGCUGCUGCAACCACUCCAGAGAUGGCCUCUGCUAUCAUCAACAGACCUGCUCUUGGAAACUUCCCUCAGCAUGACUGGGCACACAUCUUGAAGACUGGUAUCCUGAAGGCUGCUCCAAAGGGCUGCGACCAGGUCUUCACUGCACAAGCUGGCUCGGACGCCAACGAGCUCGCAUACAAGGCCGCUUUCAUGUGGAAGCGUCGCCAGGAACGUGGUGGUCCAGAGGUUGACUUCACAGCUGAGGAGAUCUCCUCUGCCAUGAACAACCAAUCUCCUGGUUCGCCGAACAACAUGUCGAUCCUGUCUUUCCGCACAGCUUUCCACGGCCGUCUGUUUGGUUCGCUCUCUACCACUCGCUCCAAGCCAAUUCACAAGCUCGACAUUCCUGCCUUUGACUGGCCUCAAGCGUCUUUCCCAGCAUUGAAGUACCCACUUGAGGAGCAUGCUGAGGAGAACGCAAAGGAGGAGGCCCGCUGCUUGGCUGAGGUUGAAGAUCUUCUCCUCAACUACCACAACAAGCCUGCUGCCGUUAUCGUCGAGCCCAUCCAGUCCGAGGGUGGCGACAACCAUGCUAGCCCAGCAUUCUUCAACGGUCUCCGUGAUGUCACCCGCAAGCACGGCGUGCUUCUCAUCGUCGACGAAGUCCAGACCGGUGUUGGUGCUACCGGCAAGUUCUGGGCUCACGAGCACUGGAACCUCAAGCAUGCUCCAGAUAUGGUCACUUUCAGCAAGAAGGCACAGACCGCUGGCUACUACUUCAGCAACCCAGAGCUCAGGCCAAACAAGCCUUACCGUCAAUUCAACACUUGGAUGGGUGACCCAGCUCGUGCCCUGCUCUUCCGCGCUAUCAUCAACGAGAUCGAGCGUCUCAACUUGGUUGAGAACACUGCCAUCACUGGCGAGUACCUUUACAAUGGUCUUGAGAACCUUGGCAAGCAGUAUCCUGGCGAGAUUCAGAACCUCCGUGGCAAGGGCCAAGGCACAUUCAUCGCCUGGGACUCUCCUCGCCGUGACGAGGUCCUGAAGAAGGCCAAGGGAGUGGGUAUCAACAUUGGUGGAUCUGGUGAGCGUGCUGUCCGUCUGCGACCUAUGCUCAUCUUCCAGAAGAAGCACGCAGACAUCUUCCUCGAUGCGUUGGAGAAGGUGUUCAAGUCAUGAACGACUGCACCGAGUGGGACCACGACGGAGGCAUGAUUGAUGAGAUUUCCAAGACACAUUGAAGCGAUUCGAAAAUGGUCGGCACAGGACAGUGCGACUUUGCAUGGCGUUGGGGCUAUAUCAAGGACCGAAAAGCAUUUUGCCUACAGGUUUACGGCAGACGAUUGAGAUGUAACAUGAGCACCUGAGAGAAGUGAUCGUAAUCUGAAACUAUUGAGCAGAAAGAAUUCGACAGUCUUGCCAGUAUCAUCCACGUAUCACUGCUGACCGCCCAUCUCAUCACUUCGUUUGUACCUGCCAGUGAUUCGUGCCAAGCUUGUCGACAAGCUUUGUGGGUUGGAACUUUAGCUGAGCCGCGCAGGAACGAGAUCCAAUUCUUGCUCACCUCUUCACGGCGCGACGUUCUCCCACAACGACUCCGCCGCUGGAAAUUCGAAGUCCUGCCCAGCUGGACCAGCUCUUAAUCGACGACAACUUGAAAGAACCCAUGACGGCGGCGUCACAGGUGAAAAGCUGUC